AUGGAAGCAAGACUGGGCCACUUUGGAUUGCUGUCUGUGCAGACUCCACUGGGCACGCAUCCAACUCCCCUCUUGUGCUCGUCUCUAACUGCAGGGCUGCCAGCCGCGCUCCCCAGCCUCUCUCUGGAGCUCACUGUGCUCUACAACUCCCUGCUCUUCGCCAUCAGUGAGUCUGAUGGCCUCGUGGAGGGAGAAGCUGAGCGAAUCAGCCAUGGGCUCAUUAGAGUUCUGGAGGCUUGUGGGGUGUCUGGGCAGGAUCUCAGCACAGAGGAGCUCUGGCAGAAAGUGCUGCAGGAUGUGACCACGGAAGAGCUGUGCGUGCCUCUGCAUCGACUGGGUGCUCUGCAGGGGGCGGUGUGGCUGGCAGCGAACUGCCUGGGGAGCGUCACUGGUCUCUUCCGGCUCCUGAGUGACCCCAAGGGCCCGGAGCCUUCUGCCCAUGGCGAUGAGAACGAGCUCCUUGCGCUCCUCAAGGCAUGGAGUGUGCCGGUCGAGGAGGACGCCUCGCCCCUCGUGGUGCAGAGCAUCAAGGACUUGAAAGAGAUCCUGUGGACCUCGGCUGCCUUCCUGCAAGGUCUGCAGGGCCUGGAGGCUGGCAAUCUCCCUGCAGCCCUCUCCCUGCUCCAAGCUGCUGCAUCCGGCUUCUGCUCCAAGAGGGUCCUGGCCCAGAUCUACACCUGCCUCGGCCGCUGCACUCAGCAGAUGGGCAAGCCUCAGACCGCCCUGCAGCACUUGAAGCAGGCGCUGCAGGUGGAUUUCCAGUGCGUCUCGGCCCUGUCCCAGGCCGCGCUGGUGUACCGCCAGCUGGGGGAGACGGAGGCAGAGCUGGAGGCCCUGACUCUGCUGUACAAGGCUCUGGAAACCCCCGCUCAGGAGGCUAUCACCAUCAACCCCUGCUUGCUGAUCCGAACGGAGCUCCUCGUUCACUCCCCGGCGCUGGCGUCUCUGCUCAGCCGCAGCCACCCCACGGAAGUGAAGUACCUGCUGGCGCAGCGAUGCCUCCAGGCGGGCAGGAUGGCCGAGGCCGUGGAGCAUUACCUGGAUCUGCUGGCUCUGCUGCAGGAGGGGCCACAGCAGCAGGUGCCCCUGCAUGGCCGGUCGGCUCUGCCCAGGAUCCCGGAGGUGUUCCUGGAAGCGGCGUCCGCCCUGGAGCAGCUGGAGCGGCACAAGGACGCCAUAGCCGUGUGCGAGGAGAUCAUCACUCGAACGGAGGACCUGAUCCCGGAGACGCUGCGCAUCGAGCUGAACGCCAGCGCGGGAGGGGAGGCGCCAGGCAGGGCGGGCUCCCCGUCGCUUGGUGACACGCGGGGGGUGCCUGCUGCAGCCAGCCAGGGCGCUUGGCUGGCACGAAGCGCAGCAGGAAACGGUGGCGCUGUCCCUGCGUGGGCGCUCAGGGUGAUCCGCUGCCCCCGUGCCCCUCGCUUCCUAACCUGCGCCCUCGUCUCUUCCAGGCCCUACCCCCUGUACCUGGCGUCCUGCCUAAAGCAGGUGAACAGGCCACACGACGAAGCUCUUGCUAAGGAUCUGCAGGACUAUGUGAGGACCAGUGGCCAGGAUCCCUAGAGCCGGCCCUGUCCCACUCCCCACAGUCACACAGCUGCUAACAUUUCCUGCCCUGCAGCGGGGCGGCCUUCUGCUCUGAUGGCUUUUCCUGGACUCGGAAUGGCUCUGGGGCAGAAGAACUCUUCCUAGCCAAGGCACUGAAGCACCAAGCAGCUAUUUUUCUAAUAAAAAGGACAUGGGAGUAGCCUAAGCCCGGCAUGUUCGGCUUAGGGGCGCUCGAACUGUACGU